CGGCAGGAAGGAGAGAGGCGUUGGCGAAGGGGGGGGAAGCGCAGCGCGGAGAGGCCCCGGCGCGGCGGCCGCUGUCAUGGCCGCUAACAUCGAGCAGAUAUUCCGAUCCUUUGUGGUUAGCAAAAUGCGGGAGAUCCAGGAAGAGCAGGAACAGCAGCAGCACGGCGGUGGAAAGGUAGAAGGCCAGCCCAAUGGUGACACAAUCCCAGCUGAGCAAGCCAACCCUUCAGAUGACACUGUUGCUGGUGCUGGGAGUCGUCAGAAUGAUCAGAUAGUGCAGAAAAUAGAGGAAGUGCUCUCUGGAGCCCUUGAUACAGAGCUGCAGUGCAAAUCAGAUGUAGACAAAAAACCUGCAAAAAGUAGUUCUAAGUCUGCAAAAAGGAGCUCUACUGGUGAAGAUGAAAUUCCUAGGAAAAAAUCAAAGAAGAACAAGAAACACAAAAGCAAGAAGAAGAAGAAAAAGAAGAAGAAAAGGAAGAAAGAGAAAAAGCAUAAAAAGCAGCCAAAGGAGGCAAAGUUGAGCACGCGUCAUGGAGAACAUGCUGAAUUGCAGCCUGCUUCUCACUUGAUGCCAGAGAAAUCAAGCUCUCAAUUGAGCGAACAGCAUGGAGGCUCUGGAGAUGCAAAUCUGGCUGUCCACAUGCAGUCAGAACAAGUGUGCUUAAAAGCAAGUGAGGAGCUUGAUAGACAAGCUUUAGGACUUGUUUCUCAUUCAGGAACUGAUUCUCAGCAAUCUUUGGAAAAUCUUGGAAGUGAGAAGGGGACUUUGUGUCAAAUAAAUCCUCCAUUUAAUUUACAAGGCGGCCAGUCUGAUAUCCAAGAAAAUACUAGCAUAACUCAAACUAAUGUUUGCACUAGAGAAGAACAAAUUAAACAAUCUCAUGAAAAUAUUUAUCCUACAGCUAUUAAUGCGAGUGAAAUAGGUGUUCGUGUUGAUACUGGAAAUGAUACGUUAUCCAGCAUCCCAUCUGCAGUUGUGAGUAGAUCUGAAAUUCAGAAAGCUUCAUCAUCAACUCUAGCUUCAGAGGUAAUAGAAGCACUAGAAGGUUCAGAAGUUAUUCUGAAAUCUAAAGGCACUGGAAAAGUAAAAGCAUUGGAUACAGCUCUUGAGUCUGACGCCAUGGAGGUGUUGAAUUAUUCAGAAGUAUCUCUACAGUCUGUGGCACAGUGGGGAGCAAAAGAGCUAGGAGCAACUUCAGAAUCCGUGUCUUUGGCAAGUAAUGUGACAGCAAUUGCUAAAUCUGCGAAUCAGGCAGAAAUGAAUACUGUGAAGGUAGCUCACUUGUCUGUGGCCAUGGAAGAAGGGAAAAUUCCAGAAGCAGAAAAAUCUCUGCAUAUGGGAAAUGUAAAAAAUGUGGAAAGAUCUUUGGAAUUAGGGGAUAUGAGCAGAACUUUGGAGCCAGUCCUGAAGCCCUCACUUAUAUCUGAUAAUUUGGGAGUGAUGCAGUGCAGCCCCAUGGACAGUUCAGGUGUAUCUCCACAACAUGCUUUUAAAAUAUCUGCAGUGACUGCUGUGAACCAGGCAGAAAUAAAAAGUGCCAAAGUACCCCUGGGACUAGGAGCUGUUACAAAGGUGAAAGAUAUUGAACAGCAGAUGCAAAAUGUGAAAGCUUUGGAAGAAGCUCUGCAGCCAGUUGCUGUAGUAGAGCCCAAAACUUUGGAGACUAUUGUGGAACCUGUGGGUGUUACAGCAAAAGAUGUCAAAGCAGCUCAAGAAUGUCUGCAAACUGAUGUAGUCAAAGACAUGGAAAGUACCACUGAUCCUGCAACAGUUUUAAAUGCGUCAGGAAUGUUCCUGCGACCUAAAGUCUUGACAGAAACAAAAAGCAUGGAAAGAACCCAAGAAUCUGCACUUCCAGCAGAAUUGGCAGAUAGGAAGGUGGUUGUAGAGGCAAGAAGUUUAACAGCAAUUGUAGAACCUGCAGUGGCUGCACAGACCUGUGUUCCCCAAACAACUCCAGAAAUCCAGGUGACAGAGUGUUUUAAAGGUCCACAAGCAACUGUGGAAGUUGCAGCACUAGCAGGAAUAAAAAGUCGAGAAACAAGUCAAGCUACUCUGCAACUGGAAAAUACUAGUGCUUCAAAAAUUUCAGAAUCUAUUCUUCAGCCUAUAUCUGUACCAGAGGCAAAAGGUUCAGAAGCUAUGUGGUUCCUCAGACAAGAGAAGCUGAGAGAAUCAGGAUCUGAGACUGAAGCAAAUGUGAGAGGUUUGGAAGCAACUCCUCUGUCUUUGCAGAAAGACGUGGCCAGAGGUUUAGCUGCCACUCUUGAUUCAACAGCUGUGUCAAAAGGUUCAGAAGUUAAUGCCCAUCUCCUAGCUAUGAAAGUCGGAUCUUUAAGACCUGUGAAAAGUUUGGAAACAACCACACGACGUGUAUCAGAGACAGAAAUUAAAGAUUCAGAAGCAGACAGAGCUGGGACAGAGAUGAAGAUGUGUUCAUCACAUCUGUACAUGAAAGGUGUGGGAGAUUUAGGCCAUCCAGCGUCUGUAGGUCUGGCAAAGACACAAGGUUUGGAAGCUGUUUUGCAGCCUGGAACCCUUUCAGUAGGAAGAGGCUUAGCAGAAAAUGUGAGUUCUGAAGCCAAAAUGGAUGGCAAAGUCAUAGAAGCAAGUCAAGGACUUAAUGCCUUAGAAGAAAGGACAGAAAGGACUCCUGAAUCUGUGGUUACAUGUGUGAGCAUGGAACCAGUUAAAGAGUCUGAGGCAUUAGCAGGAAUGAUGCAUUUGAAAACCACAGCAGGGAGAGAACCAAAACAUACAGAAACAGCUGCAGAACCUCUUGGUGCAAGCAGAACAGUGUGUUCCAUCAUUUCACAGUCUCAGGUCAUGACACAUACAAGAACCUCUCAAACUGGGAUGAUAGGGGAGAUGAAGGAUUCUGAACAAGCUACCCGUUCUGGCACUGUGGAAGUCAGAGGUUUAGACAACUUGUCGGAAGUUGAGGCAAUUGCAGAGGUGAAAACUUUACAGUUAAAGCAGAUGAAGAAUUUGGAAAUGGUUGUGGGAUCUGAAACAAGGACACUAAUGCAAGGCUUGGGAGGGACAUUGGCACCUGAGGUGGUUACAGAGAUGAGGCAUUCUGAAGUUGCUCCAGAAGAUUCAAACAAAGCUGAGGCAAGGAGUGGAGAAGCAGUAGAACCUGUGCAAACAGUUAUGUCACAAACUUUAGAAACAAGUUCAAAACCAGAAGCAGUAUUAGAGUCUUUGUCCAGAGCAGAAGAAAAGACUGUGGCUUCAGAAAUAUUGACAGAAGCGAGGAAAGGAACUCUAGAGUCUGAUCUGGAGUCUGAGAUUUCAACAGAUGUGACAACUCAGGGACCUGCUGUAGAAUAUAUAACUGAAACGAGGAGGACAAGCACAAAAACAGAUGAGCCAUUGCUUAUAAAUCUAAAAGGUUUGGAAGAAACUUCAGAAACUGAGAAAGCAAUGGAAACAGAAUAUUUGGAGCCAUCAUCAGAAGCUGGAGAAGUGAGGUGGUUGCAAAGUAUGAAAGAGUCUGCAACAGUAAAGAAAGAUUCUGAAACAACUGAAGAGCCUGAGGUACACAUGGAUAUCCGAGGUUUGGAAACUUCCCAAACUUCUGGAAAUGUGGCGAUGGAUGUUUUAGACGAUGCUUCAGGAGCGGUUCAAGAAUAUUUGCACACUGAAAAGCAAGAACAUCUAGAAGGAAAACCUGCUGCAGAAUCGAGGAGGGCAGAAAGCGCUCCAGAAAUUUUGAGUGCUGUUGAAAUGAAAUCUUCUGAAGCAGUUCCAAAACCAGGGGACAUGAAAGAUCUGGAAACAACGCUGGAACAUGAAGUGGCAGCAGAAGUACAAUAUGCAGAAGGGAUGCAGGGUCAACAAAUGGAGGAUGUGAGAGUUCAAGCUGAGGAAUGUGAGAUGAUGCUUGACAAGGGAGAUGGAGAACAAACUGAAGCAUUUGAGCCUUUAAUAGAAGAAACAGUUCUUAGUUCUUCACAUGCAGCAGGUAAAAAAGAUUCAGCAGGGACCUAUGAAUCUGAAAUAGAUACAAAGCAGUUGGAAGCAGCUCCAGCUGGUAUGGCAGGAGCAAAAGAUUUGGAAGCAGGUGCUCUUCCUGAGACUGUUGUAGAGCUGCAACAUGCAGAAGCAGCUGUGCGGCUGGAGGCAGAGACAAAAGAUUUGGAAGCAGCUGCAGUGCCUGAGACUGUUACAGAAGCGGCUGCAGCAACAGCAGAGGAAAGCCAGUCAGAGGGCGUUCUGCAGGCUGAGGCUGUCAAAGAAGCAACUCCAGAACAAGAGUCAAGGAGAAGAGACUCAGAAACGUCCGAUGUGCAGCCUGAUGUGGCAGCACGAAUGAAGGAGACUCUGAUGAGACUUGAGAAAGUUAUUGAAAAAAGCAGCCAUAGAAGCAGUGAUAAAAAACACGAUGCAAAGAAACAAAAAAGGAGCCGCUCCAAGUCUCAGUCCAGGUCUAGGAAACGGAAGAAAAAGUCAAGGUCACGUUCUACUUCCAGGCGUUUGACCUCUAAAAGAGCACGCUCUAGGAGUAGAAAUGAUUCAGUUUCCAGGAAAAAGCAUUCCAAAUCUAGAUCCCGAUCUGUGGAGAAGAGAGAGAGAAGAGUAUCUUCCCGGAGGUCCAGGCGCAGACGUUCUAGGUCAUCUGACCGUUACAGGUCUAAAUCCAGAUCACCAGAAAAGAGGUUGUCCUCUGGGAGGUCCAGACAUAGACGUUCCAGGUCAUCUGACCGCUACAGAUCUAAAUCCGGAUCAGUGGAAAAGCGACAGUCUUCCCGAAGAUCCAGACGUAGACGUUCCAGGUCUUCUGACCGCUACAGAUCUAAGUCCAGGUCAAUGGAAAAGCGACAGUCCUCUCGAAGGUCUGGGCGUAGACGUUCCAGAUCAUCUGACCGUUACAGAUCUAAGUCCAGGUCAGUGGAAAAGAGACAGUCCUCCCGAAGGUCUGGGCGUAGACGUUCCAGGUCUUCUGACCGCUACAGAUCUAAGUCUAGGUCAGUGGAAAAGCGACAAUCAUCUCGAAGGUCAGGGCGUAGACGUUCCAGGUCUUCUGACCGCUACAGGUCUAAGUCUAGGUCAGUGGAAAAACGACUGUCCUCCCGAAGGUCUGGGCGCAGACGUUCCAGGUCAUCUGACCGCUACAGGUCUAAAUCAUUGUCAGUGGAGAAGAGGGAAAGCAGGUUAUCCUCCCGAAGAUCCCGCCGCAGACGUUCCAGGUCCUCUGACCGUUCUAAAUCCAGAUCCAGGUCUUCAGAAAAGAGAGGAGGUAAAGAAUACUCAUGGAGGUUCAGAAACAGGUCUGGUUCCUCUGAUCGUUCAAAAUCCAGGUCAAGAUCUGUUGAGAAGAGAAGUCGGAAGGCAUCCUUGCGGAGAUCUAAACGUCAGCGCUCAAAGUCCUCUGACGGUUACAAGUCUAGAUCCAGAUCAGUAGAAAAAAGAGAACGAAAGCAGUCCUCACGGAAGUCUAAGCGUAAGCGUUCUAAGUCUUCUGACCGUUACAAGUCUAGAUCCAAAUCAGUGGAAAAAAAGAAGGAGUCCUCACGAAAAUCUAAGCGCCGUCGCUCAAAAUCUUCUGACCGUUACAAGUCUAGGUCUAGAUCUGCUGAAAAAAAGCACAAGGAAUCUUCAAAAAAAUCCAAACGGAAACGUUCCAAGUCCUCUGAUAGUGUUAAGUCAAGGUCCAAAUCUACAGAAAAAAGAGGGAGUAAGUUGUCCUCUUUAAAGAGUAGUAGCAAAUGCGUGGAGUCUUCUGGACCUCAGGAGUCAACCAAAAGUCUUGAAAAAGUAGAUGUUCCUGAAGCAAGUGAAGGCAGCUCCUCCAAAUCUUCUAAUGGUCCCAUGUCAGUAGCUUUGUCUGCCGAAGGAAUAAACGGCCCUGCACUGCCACCAACUUUUGGUAGUCUUGAUAGAAGCUCCUCAUCUGUUGAAAAUGCAGCAGAGCUGCAGCCUUCUGCGAUGCCUGAACUUGGUAGCUCUGAAACCCAAGACAGCCAAGAACUGAGAUCCAUGCCUGUAGAAGCCAUGGUUUCAGAGCUUUCUGUGACAUCUGAAAAUGGAUCAGCUGAAAAAUCGAUGGCUUUGGAGUCUCCACUGCCUGAACUUACGUAUUCCACAUGCAGAUCAAGAUCCUCAUCUGUUGAAAAAACGGGAGAUCCAGGAACUUCUUCAGUAACAGAAUUUCAGCUCUCCACAUCUUGUGAAGAUGAGUCAAUAUCUCUGGAAAAAAUAGAAGGUCCAGAGCUGCUUCUGACGCUUGAAAGUGGAUGCUCUGUAUCGUCUGGUGAUUAUAAGACUAUCUCAUCAUCCUCUGGAAAAACAGAGGUUCAGGGGUCUUCUCUGAUGUCUGAUGGUCAUGAAUUGAGUCAUAUCUCCAUUGAAAAAACACCAAUUAAGUUCUUGCAAGUUCCUGAAAGUGGAUCUUCAACAUUGGCUGACAGCCCUGAGUCAAGGUCACUAUCUCCUGAAACAGUAGAGGCUCAAAAAUCUUUUUUAGCACCAGAAGUUACAUCCUCCGCAUUCCCUGAUGUCUGUGAGUCAGCCUCCUUGCCUAUUGAAAAGAGCCAGAUGCAGGAGCCUUCUCCAGCUUCUGACAAUGGAUGUUUCAAGUCUCCUGAUGGACAUGAAUCAGGAUCUGGCAGUGCUGCACGAAUAGAGAAGCUUCCGUUGAUGUCUGAAGGUGGGUCCUAUAAGUCACCUGAUGGAAAUCAACACAGAUCUUCAUCUGUUGAAAAUGUCAAGGUUGCAGAUAUUUCCCUGGCAUCUGAGUGUGGUCCUGUUGAGAACUUGAGGGGCCUCAUUUCAGCGUCAUACUCUGAAAAAAUGCAGGAGGUUGUACUGACAACUGUAGAACAAAGCUGCAAGUCUUCUGAAGUUCAUGGGUCUGGACUUUCUGUUGACAGAGUUGUAGAUGGUCCAGCACUUUCACAAGUAGUUGACAGCUCUGAAUCUUCUGAAAUGCGUGAAUUGAGAUACCUGCCUUCUGGAAGAAUGGAGGGUACAGGAUCUUUCCUGAUCAAAAGCGGAAUUCCUGUGUGCCAUGAUGGCCAUAAAUCAAAACACAACUACAUUGAGAAAACAGAAGGUGUGGAACUGUCGUUGGCUCCUGAGCUUAGGUGUUCUGCCUUCCCUGAAGGCUGUGAAUUGACAUCUACUGGACUUGAAAAGAUGGAGGUACAGAAGCCUUCUCUGCCACUGGAAGAUGGUUUCUCCACGUCUGCUGAUUGUGAAUUGGGAAGCACAGCUACUGAAAAACUGCAGGCCCAGGUGACUUCUCUGACAUCUGAAGGUGGGCUUUUCCUGUUGCCUGAUAGUCAUGAAAUGAGACCUAUCCCUGCUGAAAAAGUAGAGGUGCAGAAGUCGCGUGAACUGAAAUACAUUGCAUCCCCUGAUGGCCACGAGUUGAGAUCUGCCUAUGAUGAAGAAAUACAGGUUCAGGAGCCACCUGUGAUACUGGAAAGCAGAUGUUUUGUUUCCUCUGAUGGUCAUGCUUUGACACCCACCCGUGUUGAGGUAGAGGAACCUUCUCAAAUAUCUGAAAAUGACUACACAGUAGGGCUCGAUGGCCCAGAGUUGGCUCCUGCUGAAAAAACAGAGAUGCGGGAACUUCAUCAGAUGUCUGAAGAAAGAUAUUCAGUGUCUGUUGAGAGCCAGGAGUUGCAGUCACACCUUGUUGAAAAGGCAGACGUGCAAGAGCCUGCUCUGACACCUGAAAAUGAAUAUGCUGUAUCUUGGGAGAACCAGGAGUUGAGAACUAGCUCUCCUGAAAAGACAGAGAUGCACAAGGCUUCUGUAGCUUUGUUUUCUGAAGAUCACAAACUGCCAUCUUCCCUCUCUGAAAAAACAGAGGUACAGGAGUGUUCUGUGCUGUCUGAAAAUGAAUAUGCCGUGUCUCCUGAGGGCCAUGAGUUGGCAGUCAGCCCUGCUGCAAGAGAUGGGCAGGAGCCUAUUCUGACAUCUGAUGGGGAAUAUACCGUCUUCCCUGAAGGCCAAGGAUUACUUGCUGAAAAUACAGUGGUGCAGGAGCCUUCACUGGUACCACACAGUCAAUAUGCUGCAUCCCCUGAAGGACAGGAGUUGCUCUAUGGCCAUACUGAAAAAGCAGAGGUGCAGGAGUGUUCUUUACCAUCUGAAAAUGAGUAUGAAGUAUCUCCUGAAAGCCAUGAUUUGAAAUCCAGUCUUGUUGAAAAAGAAGAAAUGGAGGAACCUUCUGAAACAUCUGAAAGUGAAAGUUCAGUGUCUGCUGAUAGCCAGGAGCAGCAGUCGUCUGUUGUUAGAAGAGCAGAUGUGCAGGAGUUGUCUUUGUCUGAAGGUGAAUGUGCCAUGUCUCCUGAAGGUCAGGAGCUUCAGUCUAGCCCUGCUGAAAAUGUAGAGGCUAAGGAACCUUCUCUGACAUCUGAAAAUGAACAUGCUCUGUCCCCUGAAGGGUAUGAAUCAAGAUUCACUCAUGCUGAGAAAACACAGGGUGUAGACUCUUCUUUGAUAUCAGAAAGUGACCAUCAUUUGUCUUUUGAGAGCCAGGAGGUAAAAUUCACCACUGUUGAAAAAGCAGAUGUGCAGGAACGUUCUCCAACACCUGAAAAUGAACAUGGAGGAUUCCGGAAUGACCAGGAAUUGGGAUACACCACUGCUGGAAAUGAAGGUUGUCUCGAACCUUUGACAUCAAAUGAUAGAGCCUCCAUGUCCCCUGAUGGCAGUGACUUGAAGUCCAUGCCUGUUGAAAACAUGGAUGAUGCAGUGCCUUCUUUACUGCCUGAAAGUGGAUUCUCUAUGUCCCCUGGUGGUUACAGUGUGAAAUCUGGCCUUUGUGAAGAAACAGGGGAUUUAGAGCCCUCUUCGAUAGCUGAACGUAGACAUUCUGUAUCUUCGUAUCAGGAAGAUCAUGAGCUGCAGUCUCCCGUGGAGGAAGAAGGCCUAGAGUCCUCUUUGACCCCUGAACAUAGACGAUCUGUGUCCCCUGAGGGCCAUGACCAGAAAUCUACAGUAGACGAAGAACUGGAUGAUCGAGAGCCAUCUUUGACAUCUGAACAUAGGCAAUCUUUGUCCCCUGAUGAUCGUGAGUCCAGAUCUAGUAUUGGAGAAGAAGCAGAGUAUCUGGAGCAGCCUUUGACAACGGAACGUAGAUCCUCCGUGUCUUCUGAUGAACAUGAGUCAAGGUCUACCACUGGGGAGGAGGUAGAAGAUGCAGAACCCUCCUUAACUGCUGAACGAAGAGACUCCACAUCCUCUGAUGACCGUGAGUCGAGGUCUACCACUGGUGAAGAUGUAGAAGAUGGGGAAGCCUCUUUGACAGCUGAACGUAGACACUCUACAUCCUCUGAUGACCAUGAGUCAAGGUCUACAACUGGGGAAGAAGGAGAGGACAUGGAACCUUCUUUGACAGCUGAAGAUAGACGUUCUGUCUCUCCUGAUGGACAGGAGUCAAGGUCAACUCUUGGUGAAGAAGCAGAGGACCAGGAGCUUGCUCUGGCAGAUGAACGCACACACUCCACAUCCUCAGAUGAACAUGAGUCAAGAUCUACUGCUGGCGAAGAUGUGGAGGAUAUGGAACCCUCCUUGACAGCUGAAGGAAGGGAUUCCACGUCAUCGGAUGAACAUGAGUCAAGGUCUACAGCUGGUGAAGAAGGAGAGGAUGUGGAACCCUCUUUGACAACUGAACACAGACGAUCCAUAUCCCCUGAUGGGCGUGAGUCAAGGUCUACCACUGGUGAAGAAGUAGAUGAUGUGGAGCCCUCUUUGACGGCUGAACGAAGAGACUCCACGUCGUCAGAAGAGCAUGAGUCAAGGUCUACCACUGGUGAAGAGGGUGAGGAUGCGGAGGCCUCUUUGGCAGAUGAAGAUAAACAGGAUUCCAUGCCUCUUGACAGGUCGGAGGAACAGGACUCUUCCUUUAUACCUGAAAGUAGACGUUCUGAGUCCUCUGAACGUGAAAAAUCUGUUGAUAAAAUGUCUGACAAAGAAUCUUCGCAAAGAUCUACGAGCAGACACUCAAAAUCUCCCUCUCCCCCAAAGAGUCGUUCCACAUCAGUUGAAAAAGUGGCAGACGAAUCUUCACGGAGAUCUAGACAUAGACGUUCCAGGUCUACUGCUCGACAGAAGAGUCGAUCCACAUCUGCUGAAAAAACAGUAGACAAAGAAUCUUCACGUAGGUCUAGGCGUAGACGCUCCAGGUCCACUGCUCGCCAAAGGAGUCAGUCGACAUCUGUUGAAAAAGCAGCAGACAAAGAGUCUUCACGGCGAUCUAGACGUAGACGUUCUAGGUCCACUGCUCGCCAAAGGAGUCGAUCCAAAUCUGUUGAAAAAACAGCAGACAAAGAAUCUUCACGGAGGUCUAGAAGCAGACGCUCCAGGUCUUCUCAGCGCAGAUCCCAGAGAUAUGAUACAGAGUCUCGCUCUAGACGGAAUCGCUCCAGAUCAGGAACACGGAGGAGAGCAUCAAGAUCAAAAUCUAAUCGUCGUUCUCGGUCUAGCUCGUUGUCACGUUCAAGGCACAGAAGGAGGAGUAGGUCAAGGUCAGCAUCAAGAAGGCGGCGUUCUUUAUCGAGAGACAGGCGCAAGAGAUCGCAGAGAAAUAGAUCAAGAUCCACUGACAGAAGAAGAAGGAGAUCAGAUUCAAGAGAUCGUAGAAUAUCACUCAGAUUACGGAGCAGGAGUCGAACACCUGUUCGUCAAAGACGAUCAAGGUCAAGAGGAAGAAGACGGAGUUCUAGUAGGUCACCAAUUCGACUACGGCGAUCAAGAUCUUCAGGGAGAAGAAGAUACAGCAGAUCGCCUGAUCGUCGUAGGUCAAGGUCAUCAGAACGAUUUUCAAGCAGGUCACCUAAACGUCUUACAGACUUGGACAAGGCCCAGCUACUUGAAAUAGCCAAAGCUAAUGCAGCCGCCAUGUGUGCGAAGUCUGGUGUUCCCUUACCACCAAGCCUGAUGCCUCUGUUAUCUCAGAAAAAAGAUGACAAAGCCAAUCAGAAGUCCUCAAGAGAUACGCUAAAGGAGCUCACUGAGAAAUGCAAGAAGAUUGCUCAAAGCACAGACGAUGUGAUAGUGAACAAACCUCAUGUUUCUGAUGAAGAGGAGGAAGAACGUCCUUUCUAUAAUCAUCCGUUUAAGCUCAGUGAACCCAAACCUAUCUUUUUUAAUUUAAGUACUCCCAGCAUAAAACCAGCGCCACCACCACAACCAAAAAAUCAGGUCAGCCUGUCAAAGGAGUUUCCUGUUUCAUCUGGGUCCCAACAUAGGAAAAAAGAAGCAGACAGUGUCUAUGGAGAAUGGGUUCCGGUUGAAAAAGGCAAAGAAGAAAGCAAGGAUGAUGUUUUCCCCAAACCAUCCAUUGAGGGCGUGGACAUAACUGCAGCUAUGAAUGAUCGAGCAACAGCUCAGAAAAGGCUUAGUGAAAACUCAUUUGAUUUAGAGGCCAUGUGCAUGUUAAAUCGUGCACAGGAACAGAUUGAUGCCUGGGCUCAAUCAAACUCCAUACCUGGCCAGUUCACAGGAAGUACUGGAGCACAGAUACUGUCCUCAGAUGAGCUGACCAACAGCGGUCCCCAAGCAUGGAUUAGAAAGGAUCAGUUCUUAAGAGCAGCCCCUGUAACUGGAGGAAUGGGAGCUCAGCUGAUGAGAAAAAUGGGCUGGAGAGAAGGAGAAGGACUUGGAAAAAACAAAGAAGGCAGCGUUGAGCCUAUUAUGGUUGAUUUUAAGACAGAUCGAAAAGGGCUUGUUGCUGUGGGAGAGAAGGCACAGAAGAGAUCCGGACAUUAUGUUGUGAUGAAGGAUCUUUCAGGUAAACAUCCCGUUUCUGCAUUGAUGGAGAUCUGUAACAAAAGAAGAUGGACACCACCUGAGUUUGUGUUGGUGGACGAUAGUGGGCCUGAUCAUCGUAAACAUUUUAUCUUUAAGGUGAGAGUCAAUGGAAAUGAAUACAGGCCUACUUUUGCCAGCCUUAAUAAGAAGCAUGCUAAAGCCACAGCAGCAACUGCGGCUCUCCAGGCGAUGGGACUUGUACCAAAGGAAAGCAUGGUUAAUACCACCAUGUUUAGGAGUGCCUCACACCGCUAGAUAUUGUUUUUUAUAUUGACAUUAUUUCAGAUAAAUCUACUCUGCACAAAAAUGGUAUUUGCCCUUUCAUGUUGUAAAUACAUCGGCAAUUCCCACAUUGUAAAAACUGUACAGACACCUUCAGGUUUUUCUUUUGUACCAUCAAAAUGUAUUUAAAUCAUACUUAGUUUUUGGUAUGUUUAUAUUGUUUACAUUAGUGAUGUAAUUAUUUCUUAAAUGACUAAAUCAGACGACAGACUCUGGAGGCAUCAGUAAUCUAAACCCUUGUUUUAAAAGUCAUGCAAUUUCUCUUCAAUAUGGAAUGUUAACUCUUUCAUACUGUUUUGUACUAUGCUGCAGUUUUCCCUGGUCUCGGUAAAGCUCCUCCUGCCCUUUUGCCCACGGCCGGUAAAAGGACGUGCAGCUUUCCUUAGGCGAGUCGAGGCUGGCGGGUACUGCUGGGCAGAUACUGGGCCAGUACCGCUGUCCCCGGGAGAAGCCGCGUGGCGGGAGCCCUGGUGAGCAGUGUUAUUAGCGCUGCAGCUUCUCUCUGAAUUCACUUUGGGGGUUCAACCGGGCGCCGCGCCACGCACGUACAGCCCAUGUUCUAGGAUGCACGAUUAGGCAAAAGGCUUGCUUUCCAAGGGAUGGCAGAAAGUCCAGCAAUGGAACCGAUGAGACUUGUGGUGGAAAGGUGACUCUCCCUGCAUGUUCUGAGAAGGGAGACGAUGGAGUUGUCUAUUCCAAACAAAUUUAACACACUGCCUGAUGUUGAUUGUAUGAAUUUGUGGUUAAUGUGAAUUUUAAACUCUAACAAAUCUACAACUGGAUUCGGGCGGGAGGGAGGGGAUAGAACGAUGCUUAAAUUGUGUACCCAACUUGGUCAAUAAAGCAGCACAAGUUCAUAAUCUUAAUCACUGGUCAGUAAGCAGUAAUUAAAAUGUAUGCCAAAACGAGUUUUCAAAGAAACGCACAGACUUAAAAGUAUGCUUUAUGAAGAUUAUUGGCAGCUGUCAGGGUUGCAGAAUCAGGUUUUUUGUUCCUUUGGCCUAUUACCAAAUUAACUCCUUGGGCUGAAAUUUUCUGUAACGGUACUGUGCCCUCAAGGAGACAGCCUGAGCCAGAGUUUCGGCAGUUUGACGAGGGAGAGGAUAUAGAAAGCUUUUCCUUUUCUGUUUUUUUUUUCUUUUUAAUUUAAGAAGUAUUAGUACUUUAGUGAUGUACACUUUGAAUUAGGAAGGGCAUUGUACACCUCUUGCCAGAUUGUCUGAGCUGCAAGCAGAUUGCCGGGAUUUAAUGCCUCCAAUAGUUCAGGGGCUUAUUUUGGAAAAGCCUUUUUGAGGUCUCUUUGUGUCACACCCGAUCAGAGCUCUGAUGGGGACACGAACCAGUGCAGUUUGCACGCAGUAAGGCUGCACUUGGGCCUAAAGUGAGUAACCUCUGCAGUGGGAGUAACAGCAUGGAGGUGAAGCAUUGACAGUACCUCUUCUUCCACAAAGUGAAGCGACUCGUGUGUAUUCCAUUAGCUGCUACAGAACAAGGGGUCUGUCUGCCCUAAAAGGACAAGGAUCGAUGGCUCACGUGUACGGCAAAGAAAUGGUAGUUGGUUCCCCACCACACACUUGGAGAAAUAAAGCCCUUUAUUAAUCUGUCAAAGCUCUCUAUAAAUGCCUAAGUUAAUCUUAAUUUUCAUGGAGGUAGUUGUCUUUAAUUAAACUUUUUUUCCCUUUGGCUUCUCGCCUUCAGUCUUUGAUUAAGUAUUUGAAGAUCUCCUUGCCUCGUUUGCUGAAGGAGUUGGAAGAUGUGUGUUAAAACCAGAAGUAAAUACGAUGGUACAGCAAUG